AUGAACAUCAGAGGAUGCCCAAAAAAGUUUCUCAAGACCCGAUGCUCACGCCAACUUGACCUUUCUCGCUGGCAUUUUCACCCCGUUCCACUCCACCCCUCCAGUGACAUCAGCAACAACAGCUUCUACGGCCCCAUCAACAGCAACUUCCGCAGCAUGAUUCCUGACAAUGGCGCUCUGCUCAACAUCGCAGGCAACUUCUUCUACGGCGACCCCAUGCUCUACGCCGAUGGCUGCCAGUUCUGCCCUUCCAACAUUACCCAGUCUCAUCUCUUGGGCUUAGGUGAACUCAACUUUCCGGGGCAAAGUCGCUGUGCACUCUCUUUCAUGGAAGGUUACAUAACAGACAUAGCCCAAUCAGCAAACAAGCGCGGCGAGGCGAGCCUUCAGCAGAACUGUUUCACGCUGAACAAGCAGAUGGAGUGCACGGCGAACGAGACGCAGCGCAGCAGCGACGAGUGCCUGGCAUUCUGCAGCAUGUCGCGGGAGCUGGGGCCGUGCGACGGGCACGGAGCGUGUGUGCCGCCGCAGGCGGGGGCAGCAGAGGCGCGCUUCACGUGUGAGUGCGACGACGGCUUCGUCCCCACCAACGGCACCCGCGGCUCCACCUGCGCCCGCCCUGCUCCGCCGCCUGCUGCAGCGCUCUCCACGGGUGCAGUGGUGGGCAUCGCUGUGGGCUCUGCUGCUGCCUUUGCUCUCCUCCUCGCUCUCGUUGCCGCGCUGCUCUGGCCCCGCCAACGCCCACACUUGCUUGUGUGCAGCAGUGCACUUAGUUGUGUGCAGCCGUGGGUGUUGUGUGUUGAUGAGCAUACUGGCAUGCUGUGCGGUGUGGGCAUGGCAGGGCGGUGGAGCGACCUGGACGUGUGUCAGGAGUUCAGCAUUGGUGAGAUUCUGCGGGUGACAGACAACUGGGCGAGCAGCAAUGUGUUGGGGAAGGGCGGCUUUGCCACCGUCUACAAGGGCGUCUCCUCCAAGGGCGAGCUGUGGGCUGUCAAGCGCAUCGCACUCAUGUACAACGACUUCCAGACCGAGGUGGGGGGCAGAGUCUCUUGCUCCCAGACUGGCUGGUCAUGCUCGCUCAUGUUACGAUUGGCCUGCUUGCUCCUCCCCUUCAUGUUUCCAUCGAACCCCUCCCGCUGUCCGUUGCGGGUGGUGAUGAUGGUGCGGGCGAUGGCAUCUCUGCGGCAUGAGAACGUGGUGCGCCUGUUGGGCUUCUGCCUGCAUCAGAACGUGGAGAGCGGCCAGCAGGAGCAGAUCCUCGUCUACGAGUUCGUGCCCAAUGGGGACCUCAAGUACCACAUCCAUGACUCCAAGAGUAAGCCUUCGCCCCUGACCCUGAAGCAGCGGCUGCAUCUGGCGGUGGGGGCGGCGGAGGGAGUGGCAUAUCUGCACAGCUUCGCGACGCCCAUCGUGCACCGCGACCUCAAGCCCGGCAACAUCCUGGUGGGCGAGCACAACCAGGCCAAGAUCGCUGACUUUGGGCUGCUCAAGAUGCUCAGCCAUGUCGACGGCGGUGACGACCGCACUCGAGUGGCCGGCACCCCCAGCUACCUCGACCCCGACUACAACCGCACGCAAGUCGUCUCCGAGAAGAGCGACGUCUACAGCUUUGGCGUGGUGCUGCUGGAGCUGCUGAUAAGGCAGAAGGCAGCCGUGGAGGGCACUGACAACCACAUCAGUGACUGGGCGGCCCGCAAGGUGCAGGUGUAUGAGUUGGGCGAGCUGAAGGACGCGGGGCUGGAGGCGCCGGACGAGGCGGUGGUGGAGCUAGCAGACAUCGCACUGGACUGCCUCAAGAUGCCCGCCUCGCGCCGCCCCCCCAUGAAGGACGUCGCCCGCCGCCUCCACAACCUCCUCUCGCAGUACUGCGGUGACGAUGGCGACGACGCCUCCUCCCUUGUUGAGCCUAGCUUGAGGAUGCAAGGAGGGGGUGCGAAGGGAGACGGCGGCAGCAGCACGGACACAUUUGGGAGGAGCGAGUGGUCGGAGGGAACGAGCGGAACGUCUGCUUCCAGGAGCCUCAUCCAUUCGCUGUCGGAGAAGUGGCGGAUGAUUGAGUAG